GUGAUAGCAUACUUCGUAAAGACUAGGUUGUAAUCAAAAGGAAGUGGUUAGUAAAACCACAUUACCACUUCCUUUUUUACAUUAAUAUUUUUUGUGUCGAGUUCAGUAGAAAAAGUACUGCAACCCUGUGCAGUUGGGAAACCAAUAUUAUUUUGUAGUGUUAAUAUAAACACUUUCAUAAAACAUUGAAAAUCAGUAUAGUAAAUUAACAUUUGAAAAAUGCCUUCGCGAGACUUUUAUCAAGUCGCUAAUAAGGACGAAGGAGAAGCUGCACAAGCAGAUCAAUCUUAUAGAAGUUGUGUUCUGGCAUUAUUAAUAUUUUUCUUUUUGUGUAUUAUUCUAAUACUUGUCAGUUUACCGUGGAAAAGAAAUCAUACUUACGAUCGUGAAUAUCAAGAUGAUAAUUGGGGUAUAACGCAGCACCAUCAUUAUGGUCAUAAGCAUCAUGCAGGGAGAACGACAAGCACAACGGAAUCGAGUUAUUUGAACAACGGUACUUUUUUAAAUAAAUCGGUCGAACUAGAAAUAACUUCGGAAUUUGAAGUAUCCACGGAGAACUUUAAUGUGAUAAAUAUUACAAAUUCUACGUACAGAUCAACUGAAUUCGAAGAGCUCGUAAAUGUUGAAACUUCCACAAAACAAGAAAUACCAACACCCACAGUAACUGACAAACAAUUGCACCAAGUUUCUUCGACUGAUAUGAACACGUUACUCGAGAACGUUAAUGCUACAGAUACAAGUACUUCAAAUUUAACUACAGAAAAAUACAGUGAGGAAAACGUUAAUCGAUCCGAAAUCGAUACCACGCAACUUUCCACUUCCACGGAUAUAAAUUUUGUUAGUAAAAUUACUUUCUCAGGCAGUUAUGAUAUUACAACAGGCAAUGUUAACGAAUUAACGACCAAAGAUGAAGAAAGUAAUAUAAUUGAAACUACGACAGACAAUGUUAUGGAAUUAACGACUAAAGAUGAAGAAAGUACUAUAAUUGAAAUUACUUCUUCUGUUCUGAAUGCAACUACCGAUUUUACAACGAUAAGUACUGUACAAAAUAGUACUACAGGAAGACCUAUAACCACGACUCCGCGGGAUCUACUUAAUGAAAACCUGUGCCUAACAGGCGAAUGUAAAAAUAUAGCUAGCAAAAUGCUAUCUUACAUGAAUCAUACGGCCGAUCCGUGUGAAGACUUUUAUGAAUACGCUUGCGGUGGGUUCGAGGCAAAUCCACAGACUAUAGAAGUGGAUUUAGAAAAUGCAGCCUAUCAGCGUAUAUUACGACAAGCGCAAGAGGACAUCGACGAUGAGAAGUCCCGUAUUUUCACUAAGUAUUACAACAGUUGCAUGCAAUAUGAGAACGUUGAUUUUAUUGAAAGGAUAAAGCUGGCGAAAGAGGUGUUAGACAAUGUUGGAAAGUUUUAUACUGUCGAGAACUGGCCUCAAAAUCGUACAGACUUCACCGAACUAGUUGGUACAUUAUUAUUACACAACAGCGCAUUAUUGUUCGACAUCGCUCCAGAUCUUAAUGAGUAUUCUCCGAAAGUAUUCACCCUUAAAAUAGGCCCUGCGGCGUUAAAAAAUCCCUUCGAUACAGAGGAAACGGAGGAUGAUCCCUGUUACGCAAAUCGACACGAAAGAGACCAAGAAAUGGUUGAUUUAGGGAAGCUGUACAAAGAAUACAAAACGUGUAAAAACAAUACAGAGACAUUUAUAAAUUCCGUCACGGAAGCCUUGAAAGCACUCGGCGUUUUCAACGAGUUGAGCAAUUCGUAUAAUAUCUCCCAACACGUGCAUACCACGGUCAUCAACAUCGAUUUUGAACUCGUGCAAAACUUUUUUGCAAAUUAUCCAUCUAAGGAUAAGAUACGUGAGGCGUAUCUGAUGAAAAAUUAUACCCGCGUUUCGAUCGAAGAUCUGCAAGCAAAUUUUGGCGUCAUAGACUGGACGAGAUUGAUUUUUAUGUUAACGAAAGAAAAGAUUCAGCCAGAAGUUAAUGUACAAGUCUACUUUUACGAUGCUCUGAUUCAAGGAUUGAAAAAUCUUGAGGCGUUCGAAGCUAAAGACGCGAUAGGAUUAAACAAUGCAUUGUUAGGAUUAUAUGCACACGAUGUAUAUCACAAGUUUGUUUUGUCAAAACAUACAAAUCCUAAGGAACAGUGCCUUCGUAUAGCUGCCAAUGUUCUAAUUCCAGAAGCUUCAAGCUUGUACAUUUCCUCAUUUUCAAACGAUGAAAUCCUAUACAUGAACAUAACUAUACGUAGUUUGUUCGAAAAACUGAAAGAAACGCUAAAAUUAAAAGUAGAACAGGCAGAAUGGGUAGCAGAAGGGCGUAACACUUUGGUUGCGAAAAUAAAUGAUCUGAAAGUGACCAUACCGGAUAUUUCGUAUUUUACUAAUAGCACCUCGAUUUACAGAAAAACUCGCGCGAAUAAGGUAGUUUUAUCAGAUAAUUAUUUCAAGAAUUCUGUUACUUUAAUGAAAAGAAAUCGAAACCUGACAUAUACGGAAUUAUUUACAAAUCCGGGUAAUCCUGAACAAAUUUGGACGCAUUACGCAACACCGUUCCAAUCCAAAGGACUUGCAAUUUACGGAUUAAAUCUCAUUGUGAUACCAUUUGGUGUGAUCGACUGGUCCACGAGAUAUAACCAAACCCAGUUCGAUUAUAUAAUAUUUGGAACACUUGGUAAUGUGAUAGCACACCAAAUUGCCCAUCACUUUGACGCAAAUGGUAUCUAUUAUUGGAAUGGAACUCGCGACGCCAAGUACUCUCUAUUAAAUGACGAUUUUACAAACCUGAUUUUUGAAGAAUACAUUUACUGUCAAAGGAAUAAUCCUUAUGGAAGUCCUAUAAACAUGAUGAUACCAUCUACAGGACAGACUGUGUCUUACGAGAUUUCGCAAUUGACGCUAAAUGAACGAUUAUCCGAAACGAUGGGGCUGAGAUUAGCAUACGAUACUUUAGAUCGAUUGAGAUCUUCUAAGGAAGUUCUACUUCCAUGGCUUGAACUUGCUUCUGAUCAGUUAUUCUAUCUGACCUAUGCACAGAUGCACUGUGCGAAGUCACCAUUUACAUCGUCAUAUAUAUCUCUGUACGAGGACGAGCAGUUACCGAGUCGCAUUCGUAUCUUUGUUUCUGCGUCUAACAGUAGAUUUCUAGGUGGCAUUUGGAAAUGUGCAGAGGGUUCAGGAAUAUUACCUAGUCACACUUGCAACGUAUUUCCAUAUCUUGAGUUAAGCGAUACAACCAGUGUACCUGCGACGCGUAAAUGAUAUAGCGACUGACUUUUAUGAGGA